AUGUCCGAGCCAGAGCACGACCGCGACGGCAUCAGCGAAAACCUUCGGUCUCGCCAACUACAAUCGGGCGAGGACAAAGCCAGCCUUACAGCACGGAUGUUACAGCCUCACCGGACUGCGAGUCGACUGAGCCCAGAAGAUCACCGGUGUGUCGGCAGAAGACCCCAGGCGAUACGCUAUGAGUUCGACUGUCCAUUAAUCGAACCCCAGUCAUGCAAGCCCGGGCCUGCAAAUGGCUGCGGCGCCCUUCAUCAAGAUUUUGACGACGAUCGCCCACAGCUGCCAUUAAGCUCGAUGCAAGUUCGACACCUCUUGCAGUGUUCAGCAAAGUUUCUGGGAUUCCGAGACCCUGGGCUUGUUGAUGUUGAAGAGCUACACGCCGUGUCUCGCCUUUACCUGGACACCUUGGUGGACCUGUCGCCUAGGGGUAUCUCAAUGAUGCUUACGAGGACUCGUUUACCGGUGGACACCAUUGCGUUGAUCUUUGCAGCUCUAGCUCUUGGAGCUGUGGCAAGUGGCGAGCUCGGUAGUGGCCGAUUCUACUUUGGGGUCUCGACUGACAUGGUGAAAUAUUUCGUGGGUCAACCAACGCUGAACCUCUGUCUGUCAUAUUUCCUGCAACAUCUUCUUGCCCUUCGUUCUGGAACUUCAUACUAUGCCCAGGGUAUGAUUUCACAGGCAAUUUAUGUCGCACACGAACUAGGGCUCCAGCAAAAUUCGCAUGGAGACCGCGGUCUCCUCCUCUUUCUGCUGAUCUACAUGGCAGACCAGUAUGGUUCUUGGCAACACAGCACCGAACCUCACAUUCAGGCAUCGAAGCUUGCUGAUCGACUCUUUGCUCCUUUGAUCGAGGCUCAACCUGAGCUUCAAGCAGUUGCCGAGCUAGUAACAAUAAACGGUCACGUAAUCGAACAGUCGUACAGGACUGUAAAUCUCCCGGAAGAUGAAAUACGGCGGCUCGAAGCAAAGAUAGGGGACCUGUGUCGGCAACAGAGAAUGCCCUUACAGCCUGGCAAUGGCAGCUGUCGAAGCGACUACGAGCUCGUCGCUCACAUCCACAUGCUGUGUUGCCGCCUAAAGCUUCGUGCACCAGGCCUUUCCAUUCAGUCUUCGUGGUUGUUGUCACUGUCAACCUGCAUUCAUGCCGCCCAGGGCGUUUUGACGGCAUACCUGCAGCUUUACCAGCCGGCGCUGAUCCGGUUGGCCACCCAAUUCAGUGUCCAAGAUCAACAGACCGACAAGCUACCAAUACCGAGGGUUGCAGCUCUUGCGGUUACCUGGAGACAGGUGAAAAGAAUAAUAUCUGCUGCUUUCAUGUUGAUAUUCGCCUACUGGCACGCUGAGCUCGUGCAUGACGAAGCUUCGCGGUACGUUGCCAUGGCGAGAUUACUACUUGAGUAUCCUCGUUCGAGGUGGGGUGAAGCUCUUGAUGAAGCAAUUCGGGCCUUGUCUGACAUUUCUGGGUUUGCCAACUUUUCCAUCUACAAGCAUAUGCAGGCGCUGCUUCCUGUGCAGAGCGAGAGUCUACUCCGAUCACUUUGCGAAGGCGCGCCCAUAUCAGACUCGUAUUAUCCUGACACGGCUCAACCGGACUCAGUGGAUGCUGUUGGUCUAGGACUUUCAUCCUGGCCCACGACGACCGCGUUUCCUUGGAGCGAUGAUGAUUUUCUGGGGUUCGAUUUCAGCUCAAUAGAGGAUCAGAAUUUAUAG